AUGUCCGCUCCCGCCCGGUCCCUCCUCAAAACAACGCGCCCUUCGCUGCUCCGCUCUGCCUUCCCCGCAGCGCGCUUCUCCUCCUCCUCCGCGAAGCCAGUCACCCUCAAGGAGCGCUUGGCCGAGCUCAUCCCCAAGGAAAUCGAGAAUGUCAAGGCCGCUCGUCUCGAGCAUGGCAAAAAGUCCUUUGGACCUGUCCUCGUUGACCAGCUCUACGGCGGCAUGCGUGGUCUUCCCGCUCUCAUCUGGGAUGGCUCCGUUCUCGAUGCUGAGGAGGGUAUUCGCUUCCGUGGCAAGACCAUCCCAGAGUGCCAGGAACUCCUUCCCAAGGCUCCUGGUGGUUCAGAGCCUCUUCCCGAAGGUCUCUUUUGGCUUUUGGUCACUGGUGAAAUCCCCACCGCUGAGCAGGUUGCCGAGCUCUCUCGCGACUGGGCCGCUCGCUCCGAGAUCCCCCAAUUCGUUGAGGAAAUCCUCGACCGAUGCCCUCCCACUCUCCACCCCAUGAGUCAGUUCAGUUUGGCUGUCACCGCUUUGAACCACAACUCGGCCUUUGCCAAGGCUUACCAGAGCGGUAUUUCCAAAAAGGAGUACUGGGGACCCACCUUUGAGGAUUCCAUGGACUUGAUCGCCAAGCUCCCCAACAUCGCUGGCCGAAUUUACCGCAAUGUCUUUGGACAGGGCAAGCUCCCCGCCAUCGAUGCCAACAAGGACUACUCCCACAACCUUGCCGCCCUCCUUGGCUUUGGCGACAACGAGGCCUUUGUUGAGCUCCUCCGCCUUUACAUCACCAUCCACAGUGAUCACGAGGGAGGAAAUGUUUCUGCUCACACUGGCAAGCUCGUCGGCUCCGCCCUCUCCGACCCCUUCCUUGCAUACGCCGCUGCUUUGAACGGUCUCGCUGGUCCCCUUCACGGUCUUGCCAACCAGGAGGUCCUCAUCUGGUUGCGCAAGAUGCAGGAUAAGAUCGGUGAAGAUGCCUCUGACGAAGCCGUCAAGGAAUAUAUCUGGUCCACCCUCAAGGGCGGACAGGUCGUUCCCGGAUAUGGCCACGCCGUGCUCAGGAAGACUGACCCCCGCUACACCGCCCAGCGCGAGUUUGCCCUCAAGCACCUGCCCAAUGACAAGCUCUUCAAGCUCGUCGGACAGAUCUACAACCUCGUUCCCGAUAUUCUCCUCGAGGCUGGCAAGGCCAAGAACCCCUGGCCCAAUGUUGAUGCCCACUCUGGUGUCCUCCUCACCCACUACGGAAUGGACCAGAUGCAAUUCUACACUGUUCUCUUUGGUGUCUCCCGUGCCUUCGGUGUUGCUGCUCAGCUAAUCUGGGAUCGUGCUCUCGGUGCUCCUCUCGAGCGUCCCAAGUCCUACUCCACCGCUGCCAUCAAAAAGAUGUUCGCCGACAAGGCCUAA